AUGCAUAAAAGCAUCAAAAAUGCAAUUGAACAAGUGUAUCCUGGUGUAUAUCAUGGAGUUUGUCUUUAUCAUUUGAAGAAAAAUCUAAGGACUAAGUUUAGGGGAUUACAUGUGCAUGCCAUAUUUGAAACUGCUUCAAGAGCGUACUCAGCUCAAGAAUAUUAUUCUGCCAUGGCUGAAUUACAGAAAAUUAGCCCUGAAAUGACCACUUAUCUUUUGGAAGCAAAACCAGAAAAAUGGGCUCGGCCAUUCUUUCCAACGAAAAGGUAUAACAUUCUUACAAGUAACAUUGCCGAAUCUAUAAAUGCAGCAAUUGUGCAUGCGAGAGAAUUGCCUAUAACGUCGUUAAUAGAAGCUAUAAGAGAGAUGCUCCAAAGAUGGUUUUCAACAAGAAAAGAAGCAGCAAUCAACCAAUUUGUUGAGGUGACAAAAUGGGCAAAUGAUGAAAUGGAGAUCAAACUUGAUGUGGCAUUUCGAAUGAAGGUAGAUGCAAUUGAUGUAAUGAAAUCUAGUGUCACAUAUGGUGAUCGAGUGUUUGUUGUCGACUUGGAACAACAUAUAUGCACAUGUAAUGAAUUUCAACUAGAGGGAAUUCCAUGUGCACAUGCUAUUGCAACAAUUGAAAGCAAGUACUUGGACAAGUACAAAUUUUGCUCAAAUUGGUAUAAAAAAUCUGUUUUGAAAGAGACAUAUACAGGAUCAAUUAAUCCUCUUCCAGAUAAAGAUGAUUGGAGUGUCCCAGAUGAAAUUAUAGGAGAUAGCAUGAAAGCUCCAAAAUUCAAAGUAAAACAAGGACGUCCCAAGAAAAAAAGAAUUCCAUCAACAGGAGAAUUUCCCAACCAUGUUCGAACAGUCAAGUGUGGAAAUUGCGGAAUAUUGGGGCAUAAUAGAAAGAAUUGUAAAAGCCAACCAAUUCUAAAAGAAGGAUAA